GAUGCAUACCGAACUGAUCUCAAUAUUUCAUUUAAGUUACAUGCGUGUUUGCUUGUGACUUACGAAGAGACAUCAUGCUGUACCUGCCUAAAUAACGUUUUCGGUAAUGCUGCUAUAUUACAGCUGUAAUAUAAAUAAGUUAUGUCUAGUGAUGUGAUAUGUCUGCGCGUUCAUGAUAAAGUACUCGCCCUUUGUAAAUGUAUUUCGGUGAGUUACAUUUAUGCUUGCUUCAAGUUACACUCUUCUCGUAUUGCUGACUCGAAGGAUUUCUUUUAAAAAAAUUCGUCAUCAAUUGUCAUGUGCCAGGUGCCUAGAAAGCAGCUGGCAAGAUGGGCAAGUUGUUGUCAAAGAUCUUUGGCAACAAGGAGAUGCGAAUCCUUAUGCUAGGAUUGGAUGCUGCUGGGAAAACUACGAUACUAUAUAAACUUAAACUAGGACAGUCUGUAACAACUAUACCAACUGUAGGAUUCAAUGUAGAGACAGUUACCUAUAAAAAUGUUAAGUUCAAUGUUUGGGAUGUUGGUGGACAAGAUAAAAUACGUCCACUUUGGCGUCAUUAUUAUACUGGAACACAAGGACUUAUUUUCGUAGUAGAUUGUGCUGACAGAGAUCGAAUAGAUGAAGCCCGUCAGGAGCUUCAUCGAAUUAUAAAUGAUAGAGAAAUGCGAGAUGCUAUUAUUUUAAUCUUUGCAAAUAAACAAGAUCUUCCAGAUGCAAUGAAACCACAUGAAAUACAAGAAAAACUGGGUUUAACUAGGAUACGAGAUAGAAAUUGGUAUGUGCAGCCAUCAUGUGCCACAACUGGAGAUGGGCUUUAUGAAGGCCUUACAUGGUUGACCAGUAAUCAUAAAUUAUGAGCAAAUAUUUAUUUUUCAUCAGUUAGCCACAUACCAAGAAUGGGCCAUUCAGAAUGCAGGGCUCGAUAUAAAACGCUUUGGAGUAAGGAAGAAAUUGGUUACUUCAAUACAAUUAUCAGCGUUUCUUAACGUUUACACUCCAUGGAUCGUGUUCUUUUUUUCAUAAAAAUUAAAAGGAUAAUAUAUAAAGGCCAUAUUUCAUACAUAAUUUAACUCCGUAGACGAAAGAAUAGAUAAAUUUAGAGAGCAGAACUGUCUUUUAAUCUUAAACAAAUUUUACUUAAAGUAGAUACGAUCCACAUAGAUAAAAAAAAUUGGGAAACGCUGACCCAUAAUACUAUUAGCCAGAGAAUUCUCAAUGCACCAUUAUUAACCAAUUUUAUAAUUACAUAGUCAUUAAAUAAAAAGGAACGAAACAUUUUUCAAUCAUAUUGGAAUAUUAUUUAUGGAAGAGUAUUUUUAGUUAUUUCUAUAUUUUGAAAAUGGUAGUAUAAAGCAGAUUAUAGAUAUUCAUACAAUGAACUAAUUAAUCGCUUUAUAUGAAUUUUCGAAUUGUUUAAUAGCUACAAACAAACACAUUCCUCAAAACGAAGUUGAAUGUUAAAAUGCGAAUAGUAAUUAGAGGUGCAAUAGAAUUUUUUGGUUUUUAGUACAAAUAAAGGAUAUAAAAAUAUAUGAUAAACGUAAUGCUACAUUGAAUACUAUAUAGAUAAAUAAUAAUAAUUUUUACAAAAUUGGAAACCGAUGAAUCCAGCAAAAAUGUACUUGUAUAUUAUUAUUAUUAUUAUUUGUAUAAUAAAGACACCUUUAAAUUACAAAA